UAGCAAUAAAAAUACUAAUCAUAAAAAAAUUUAAAUAAGACGAACGAUCAAACGUUGAACGUGAAUAGUGCAAAACUGCACUUAUUUUGGGACGGAGGGAGUAUCAGUUGCAGACUUGCAGUUAGAUGAUGCAUGGAACGACACACUUCUGUCGGCAAGCCUGACAAGCUAUUGCAUUCUGGAACUGGUGUCCUCAGGCGGUAGUUUCAAGAUUGUGCAGUGACGAGAGGUAAAUUCCAUAUCCAGGUAAUUCACCGAAGGAACUGAGAGAUCUCCCAGAUACAUUACCUUUCCACUUGCAAGUAGCAACCAAUGGACUAGUUGAUGCUGCCAUGCUGGGUCCUCCACUGCAGAGUAGUAACAACAAACAAGUUGAGAUUGCCAGCAAGAACUGACGAGCUGUUCAGCUAGCACUUGUGUACUCCACUUAUCCACUACUCCUCCACCAGUUUGCUGCAGCUUGCUUUGCUCCUACGCCCGUGCAGCUCGCGCGAUUCCGGCUGCAGCGCACGUUGGGAUCGAUGGAGUCGGUGGCCGUUGAAGCGGCGCGGUGGAUGGUCGGCAAGGCGCUGAGCCCGCUGUCGGGAGGGCUCGUCGAGGCGUGGCUGGCCUGCUCGGAGCUCGGCACCAAUGUCGGCGCCGUCAAGCUGGAGCUGCUCUACGCGCAGGUGAUGCUCGACAACGCCCGCGGCAGGGAGACCCGCAGCCCCGCGCUGAAGCAGCUGCUCCUGCAGCUGCGUGGCCUCGCCUACGACGCCGAGGACGUGCUGGACGAGCUGGACUACUUCCGCAUCCAGGACGAGCUCGACGGCACCGACGAGGCCGCCGACGAGCACACCAGAGGCUGCCUCCAUGGCCUCCUCCUCAACACCCGCCACACCGCCAGAAACAUUAAGAAGAGGUACCUUUCUGCUUGUUGCUCGGGCGGAGGUGACGAGAAAGCUGUUGCCGGCAGUGACCUCUCUUUAGCUGGUGAACAUGAUGCCGAUGACGACUGUACCGAUGAAGACGACAACGACACCGGCUCUACUGAUAUCGACCACAGCUCUACUGCAACGCACAUGCCUAGAAAAGAAAAACAGUGGGGAUCACAGAGGGAGGACACUAUGAAAACACCAAAGCUGAAGUUCGAUAGGGUGGAUCUGUCCACAAGAACGAAGCACAUCUCUGAGCAGCUGAAGCUAGUCUGUGCCAAAGUCUCUACCAUUCUUAAUCUAGAGUUGCCGGAAUCAAAUCGCACCAUUCGAAGCAGCAUUGCUAUGCUUCGUCCUGUGACCACUUCAGCGACUAUAGAGCCUGAAUUUUAUGGGAGGAAGGGUGAGAAGGAUAGAAUUAUUAAAGACAUAACUCAUGGUGAUUGCUGUGUCAAGGACCUGACCGUCAUUCCAAUUACUGGUCCAGGAGGAAUAGGGAAGACAGCUCUCACUCAGCAAAUUUACAAAGCAGUAAAGAACCUUUUUGAUGUUAAUGUUUGGGUAUGUAUCUCUCUCAAUUUCAAUGCGUACAGAUUGAAACAAGAGAUUGCUGAUUCAAUACCUAAAGUUGAGAAUGAGCAACUGGGUGACCUAGAUGAGAAUGAGCAACUGGGUGACCUAGAUGACUUGAUUGAGCGAAGAUUGAAGUCAAAGAAGAUUUUGCUUGUCUUGGAUGAUAUGUGGAAUUGCAGUAAUGAGGAUGAUUGGAAAAGGCUAUUAGCACCCCUCAGAAACGCACAAACAAAGGGAAAUGUGAUUCUAGUCACCACUCGUUUUCCAGCAGUUGCAGAAAUAGUACAAAAGACUUAUCGUCCAAUACAAUUGGAAGGGCUGGAAUUUGAAGAGUUAUGGGAAUUGUUCCAAGCAUAUGUGUUUGGUGAUGAGAAAUUAAUAAACCAUCAUGCUAUCUUACAACAGACUGGAGAAAUGAUAGCCAAAAAACUAAAGGGCUCCCCUUUGGCAGCAAAAACUGUAGGUCGAUUGUUGAGAAAUCACCUUGAUUUCAAUCAUUGGACAAGUGUCCUAGAAAGUAAAGAAUGGGAAUUACAAACUGGUGACAAUGAUAUUAUGCCAGCAUUAAAGCUUAGCUAUGACUAUCUCCCUUUCCAUCUGCAACAAUGUUUUAUAUAUUGUGCUUUGUUCCCUGAAGAUUACAAGUUUGACAGUGAUGAGUUGAUUCACCUAUGGAUAGGACUAGACAUUUUACAAUCACAUCAGGACCAAAACAAACGAACUGAAGAUAUAGCAUUGAGUUGUUUGAAUCAUUUGGUUGAUUUUGGAUUUUUCAAAAAAAAUGUGAAUGAAGAUGGGUCUCCUUAUUACAGUAUGCAUGAUCUACUACAUGAGUUAGCAUUGAAGGUUUCAUCCUGUGAAUGUCUUGCUGUCAGUAGUUCUAACGUAAGGUUUGUGCAAAUUCCACCAUCUAUACGCCAUUUGUCUAUUGUGAUAGAUGACAUGGAUGUAAAUGAUAGAGUGACUUUUGAAAGCAUCAAGACGGAUUUCAGCACACUAAGUAAGAGACUGGAUGUUGAAAAGCUACACUCUUUUAUGCUAUUUGGACGAUUCCAUGGAAGCUUUAUCAGUCCUCUUGGUGAUUUGUUAAGUAACGCAAAAUCACUCCGCGUCAUCUUGUUGUCUACUCCAUCAUAUGCAGUGGAGAAUAUGUUGCACAACUUUUCAAAUCUCGUCCACUUGCGCUACUUAAGGAUUAUUAGGGGAUAUUUUCCAGAAAUAAGGCUACCCAACACCAUUUCAAGGUUUUAUCACUUGAGGAUCCUUGAUGUACGAAAAUGCAAUGGUCACUUUGGUUUACCAAGAGAUAUAGAUAAUCUUGUAAGGCUACGCCAUUUUCUUGUCCCCGAUGACAAUCUCCACUCUGACGUUGCUAAUGUGGGUAAGUUAAAAUGUUUACAAGAACUAAGGAGAUUUAAAGUGAAAAGACAAAGUGAGCCAUUUGCAUUAAGACAGUUAGGACAGUUGGAGCUGAACGGAACACUAGGCAUUUAUAAUCUUGAAAAUGCACAGGCGGCGGACGAAGCAAAACUUUUAAACAAAAGUCAUUUGCACAAGUUAAUAUUACAUUGGUCAACAAAGGAUUGUUCCCAAGAUGAACAUAUUCUUGAAAGUCUUAAGCCACAUAACAAUCUUCAGGAGCUACAAAUUGAAGGGCAUGGAGGUGCCACUUGCCCAUCAUGGUUAGGUUUUAACUUGUCAAUCAAAGGCCUGCAAUCUCUUAGUCUGCAUGGUCUAGACUGGAACAAAUUCCCACCUAUAGGGGAGUUAUGGUUGGUUAACCAGCACAGUGAAAAAUCCUUGAGUUGUAUAGAAGGCCAAAGCUUUUGGAAUUUAAAAAGGUUAGAGCUAGUUGGCAUACCGCGACUAGAAAAAUGGACCGGAAAUGAUGCUUCCCGUGUGUUCUCUCAGCUAGAAGUGUUCAUAGUAAGAGAUUGCCCAGAACUUAUAGAGUUGCCAUAUUCAAAGAUGGACAGCACUCAAUUCCCUACACUAAAGGAGCUUGAGAUUGUAAAAUGCCCAACGCUAUCAUCAUUGCCUCCCGUUCCUUGGACAAACUCUCCAUGCCGUGCUCUGAUUGAAGAAGUGAGAUCAGAUUUUCAGCACUUGAAGUACUCAAAUUUAUACCAAUCUAAAUCACACUUGUGGGUUGCGGGAAAGAAGGGCCAUCUGAAUUGUGCAUUCUCAAAAGUACUUGCAUCUAGUAAUUUAACUGAGAUGAAAUAUUUGAUCUUGACAAAAUGCCCUUUUUUGCCGUUGGAACACCUCCAGAUGUUAUCAUGUUUGAAGAAGCUUGAAAUAAAUGGUUCAAGUAGUUCCUUGUUGAUGGUUGAAGGUGGGAGCGCUGUUAGAUACCAGUUUCCAGUAAAGAAACUUGUGAUCAGAAAGUGUGGUGCUAGCGGGAAGGAAUUGACGCUGCUGCUGUCCCAUUUCCCCAAACUCUCUGACUUGACAAUGUAUAGAUUGGAGAAGAUAGCAAUGCUUGGUGUGGCUGAGCAGCAGAUAACGGCAACAUCGGCAUCUUCACCAUCACUUUCUGGUAAUAAGUUGGAGAAUGCACGUUUCGGACAAGAGCAACAACAGCCAAGAGGAGAGGACGAGAAAGCAGCGGCAUCUUCAGGACUGCUGCUCUUGCCUACCCAGCUACAGGAGUUGUUCAUCUCCUGUUGCUCAAAGCUGAUCCUCCACCACGAUUCACUUGGAGAAAACAUGGAAGGACGCCUAAGAGGCAUAGAAGGAGGGUUACAAGGCCUGCGCUCCCUCGUAUCAUUGACUAUUAUCGAUUGCCCUGAUUUCUUCUCCUCCUACUCAUCAUCUUCCUCAUCUUUCCCAUUUCCUUCCUCCCUGAAAUAUCUGUCUAUUGACCGUGUAAGUGGCAUGGAGACUCUGUCGCUCCUCUCUAACCUCAGCUCUCUCACCAACUUAGGCAUAGAAUGUGGUGAUUUAAGAGGCGAGGAUUUGUGUUCUCUGCUCGCCCAAGGCCAACUCACAAGGCUGCGAGUCAACAAGAACCCCAAAUUCUUCGUCGGGAUCAACCCCUCAUCACUGCAGCACCUUGUAACGGAUGACAUCGCAGGAGUGCUUGUUGUGCCCAUCUGCAGACUCCUCUCCCCCUCACUCACCAAGCUAACCAUUUUUUGCAAUAACGAGGUGAAACGCUUCACCAAGGAGCAAAACAUGGCCCUUGAGCACCUCUCCUCCCUUCAGGAGCUCAGUUUUAGUUUUUGCCGGCUGCAGUUCCUCCCCUCUGUGUUACACAGGCUUGUUAGCCUCAAGAGAUUAGAGAUCUCGUGCAGUGAGUUCAUCAGUUCGUUGCCCAAGAGUGGUCUUCCAAGUUCACUAGAAAUACUAGAUGUCUCUGGAGGCAGCGAGGAGCUCAAAAGGCAGUGCCGCAAGCUAAGAGGAACCAUUCCAAUCAUCAAAGACAGCGACUGGGAUUUGAUUGAUUCUUUCUUGGAUUAGUAUGUGCCUUAUUCUAGUCUUGGAGAAUCUUCUCUGCAUCCAUCUCCAUUGAGUUGAUAAUCAACUUGUGCUGCUUCCAUCACGUGUACAAAAACUGCUGUUCUGAAUAGGUAUUGGCAGUGAGAGAAUUGUGGGAUUUAAUCCCCUGCACACAGAAAGAACUUCACCUUGUCGCCGCCUCCACCGUCUGUCAGCUAGGUAACGAGCAAACAAUCCUUUUCCGGGAGGACAAUUGGUUGCAAGGAGGAACCAUCCGAGCUAUUGCACCCUCCAUCUACGAUCAUGUCUCUACUCGUAUCCGGAAGCGCCGGAUGGUGGCUGAAGCGCUGUCUAACCGUAGAUGGAUCAAGGACAUAAGUGGCGCGCUUGGGACUCAGGCAAUACUCGAAUACCUCAAACUUUGGUCGCUGAUUCAGUCAGUUGAUUGUUCUUCCGCAGAGCCCGACUCACUCUCCUGGAAGUGGGAAAGCUCAAGCAAAUACACUUCAAAAUCUACCUACCGAGCUUUGUUCCUUGGACGAAUUGCCUUUGAAUCCACACCGAUCUAGAACUCGUUGGCACCACCUCGCUGUCAUUUCUUCCUCUGGCUGGUCGCGUUGAAUAGAUGCUGGACAGCCGACCGAUUGCGGAGUCGGGGAUUGCCGCAUCCCGACCGCUGCAUUCUCUGUGAUCAGCAGGAUGAGAGCAUUGAUCAUAUCCUAGUCGGCUGCCCAGAAUCAAGGCAGCUUUGGUGGUGGACUUUGAGAGCAAUCGGCCACCCCAACUGCCUGCUGGUGAAUGAAGCUUCUUUUCACCAAUGGAUGUGCGAUAGCAGAAUGGUGCUAAGUGAGUCACAUCGUUGAGGCUUCGACACGGUGGUGACAUUGGUAGCAUGGACAAUAUGGAAGGAACGGAACGGUCGGAUCUUCAAUCAGCAGUGUAGAUCUUGGGCGGAUGUGGCCAGAGGGAUGGUGGACGAAGCCUCUCUUUGGCGUAAAGCAAACCCGGCGAUCCUUGCGCUGUAAUUCAGGAGGGAGUUUGGUCGCCAAAAUUAGCGUGAGAGAUAGACUUAGGAUUGUCUGUUAUUGUCCUGUAUCAGUCCCGUGCUGUUUUUUUUUCUUUCAAAUGUAAAUAACUUUUAUUUCUCUUAAUGGAAAAAAUGCGCUCCUUGCGUA